CGGCGUCGCUCCGAAGUGCGUUUCGGCGAGCGAGCGGAGCCAGUCGUGUCUUGUUGUUGCUCGCGUGAGGAUGCCGUCAGCGUCGUCAGCCAAAUUAGUCAAACAGGCCUCUACGGAGGCGCCGCCGGACCCCCUACGGCAGGCCAUCAUUAUCAUAGAGCACAAAAUCCGCAACUUGGAGAAGAGGAAGGGCAAGCUUGAUGGAUACCGUGCUCUCCAGCGAGAGGGCAAGGAACUUCAGCCUGAACAGCUAGCAGCCGUCGCCAAAUAUGAGGAAGUUAUUCAAACUCUGGAAUUCGCCCGGGACCUCUGCAAACAAUUCAAUUCUAUCUCAGCGGAUGCUGCGAAACUGGCCAAGAAGCAGGCUCGGAAGGAUGCCCUUGAACGGCAAGCCCAUGACUUGUCCCGAAUCAAGGAUGUCCUCCUUAUUCAAAACGCCCUUAACCAAAUUGGAACUGAUGCAGUACGGGAAGACUUCUUGAGUGGCCAGAAUGGUGCUAUUCAGUUAACGGACACGGACCUGCAAUUGUUUGAUACAUUCUAUGAGACUGUUACCCCUAAGGUUUAUGAAGAUGCCAAGUCCACCGUUGAUGAGCAAAUAGCUUCUGCCGCUGAUCAUUUCCUGAGUGCCAUCGAUGGGAAGCCAAAGGAAUUUGGUGGUGUUACCUAUGCUGUGUUCAAAGAGAAGAUCCGUGCAGUUCAUGGCUGUGGGUACUUUGACAAGCCAGCUGUAGAGCCCGUCCCAGAAACUCCAGCUGAGGAAGCUGAAGUUGCUGUUGACGGUGGAUUGAUGGCUGACGUUCCUGUGGAAGAACCUAUUCCUGUACCUGAAGUUGUGAAUCCUACAUUCCAGGCUCCUCCAGGUAUGUAUCAAUGCCCUUGCAGGAUCCAAACUUCAAGAACAUCGGAUUUUUUAGUUCAACCCUCUCUUCAAAUUUCAGAUGCAGUUAUUUCGGUUCUUGCUCCACACCAAAUUCCCACACAGCCCCCUGUGCCUGUUCCCCUCCGGCCACAUGAUGUGAUCAACUCAGUCACAAGCGGAAGCUUCAACUUCCUUCAGGAGUCUGAGCUGGAUUCACCUGACCCUACUCUACCUCCGCCCGCUCACGCUAUUCCAUCCGCCAUCCCCACACAGACUUUCACCAACCAGAGCUUCGUUCCACCUCAAGUUAACCCGCCACCAGCAUCUGCCGUCCCCAUGUUCCACCAACCACAGCACCAGCCUCCCCCACACAUGCAGCCUGUUCACCAGCUCCCUGGUGAAAAUUUCAAUGCACCCAACCCCCAAGCUAACUUGCCCAUUCCUCAGCCUCACAUUGCACCCGUGUCACCAAACGCUGGCAAUCCAGCAGUGAUGUACCAGCAACAGAUGUACAGCCCUCAUUCCGACCGAUAUGAUCAGCCACGCAACGAUCAUGUGAAUGAGAAUCAUGCUGUUGAAUCGUCACCCGAUCAAUCCUCGCAGCCUGCCCAGCAGACCAUCAGUAACAAGUGGUCUGAAAAUGAUGACUGGAACAACCAGACUAACGAUGACUGGAACAACCAGCAAGGAAAUCAAAAUGACUGGUCUAACAAUAAUGAUGGUGGUUACCAGACCCAGAGAAACAACAGAGACCGCGGGGACAGAGAGCAGCGUGGCCGAGGCAAGCCGCGCGGCCAGUACAACGGCUUCAGGGGCAGGGGCGGCAACGGCGGCCAGAGCGACCGGCCCUACCAGAACGACCGGCCCUUCUACCGCAACAACAACAGCAGCAGCGAAGGCGGCAACAACUUCUACCAGAACGGCUACAACAAGGACAGCCAAGGCGGCGGCUACCGAGGACGGGGCGGCGCGGACCGACCCAGGCCUAACAGAGGGGGAAUGGACAGAGGAGGUCCGCGGGGCGCUCCCCGAGGCAACUCCAGAGGCCGCGGUGGAUACAGGGGCGGCCAGACCGGCGGCCAGGGACAGGGAAUUCCUAGUGCAGGAGCUGGACCCAAGCCGUAGUGCAUCCGAGCACGCAAGACACGACCGACUAAAUAGCCAGCCACCCCAGCAUUUCGGCUGACGGCUGCAAUGUGGCUUUGGACCAGUCUUAAUAAUUCUGUUAAUUUGUAUUUCGUAACUAUUGUUAGCAUUGUAUAUCAUGUUAAAAAAGUUCCUUUCUUAUAAUUAUUUUUUAAUUCCCACGACUGGCUGGCCUCCAGCAAAACUAGCACACUUGCUCUUUUAAGAUUUGUCGCUGACUGUGUUUGUUUGGCUGGAGUCUUAAGUCUUGUCAUUUCAUAGGCUGUGUAGGCUUGGGGUUGGCGCUUAACACAGCAUGGCUUGCUCAACAUCAAAAGUAUUCAACUGUUCUCAAGCAGAGGGUAGUUUUCACUCCAAGGCAACAUCAUUAUGAAACUCCAGUGAACUAAGUAACAAUUUUAUUCUAUAUAAAAAGUACAAAAAAACAGUAUACAUUACUUGAAAAAGUUAAAAAAAAAACUUAAAAAAAGAGUGGUGUUUUUCUGUGCUAAGUGUCAGGAGUAGCAUUUUGUGUGGAGUUCAGUGGCAUGGGAAUUUGGUAGCAUAAGUGAUUGAUGUUGCUACUGAAACUUAUUGCUGAUUACAUUUCCAUUGUAUGCUUUGAUUAUUUUUCUUUGUAUUUGAUGAAUGUGAUAAUUCAUUCUUAUUGUUAUUAGUUGUUUCUACUGCUGAUCCACAAGAGAAACAUCUUCCAACAUAAUAAAGUACUUUGCAACAGA